AUGGCGAAAUUAUUCUCCAUUUAUCUUGUUUUAAUUUUCAGUGGAUAUUUCCAGGUUUCAGUUUCUGAAUCCUCUGAUGAAUCGGUUUUGUUAGAUUUCAGAAACAUGGUAACGAAUCCCGACAAUAUUUUGACUUAUAAUUGGACAAAAAGUACUUUUUUCUGCAAUUGGAUUGGAGUCACCUGCAGCCCUGGAAGGCAAAGGGUUAUGGCCCUGAAACUUCCCAACAUGAAUCUUGAAGGAACAAUUUCUCCAUCUAUAGCCAAUUUAUCCUUUCUCGUUGAGCUGGAUAUAAGUAAUAACAGUUUCCAGGGCAAUAUUCCCCUGGAACUGUUCCAAAGCCAAAAGCUGGAAAUUAUGUCUUUGGCUUACAAUAAAUUAAAUGGAGAUCUGUGGAGAGAUUCCUGGAAUGCACCAGAACUCAGAAUUCUGAAUCUUUCCUGGAAUAGUAUGUCGGGUUCGAUUCAUUCUUCCAUUGGAAAUGUUUCGAAGCUGGAGAGGUUGAUUUUAUAUGGAAACAUAAUUGGCGGGAGCAUUCCAGGUGAGAUUGGCAACCUGAGUAGCCUCAGGGAAUUGGAUCUGUCCAAUAAUCGGUUCACAGGCUCGAUUCCUCCAUCCAUUUUCAACGUCUCAUCUUUGCAGGCAAUGAAUCUCUCGAGUAAUAGCCUGUCCGGUGGAUUUUUGCUUACUAGAGAGGAUAAUUUUCUUGAUAUUGAGGAUAUUGAUCUCUCUCACAAUCAAAUUAUUGGUGAAAUUCCUUCCAGCUUAUGCCGAUUCAGAGGGCUAAAAUCACUGUAUCUCUCGUACAACAGUUUUACCGGCCAAAUACCAAGAAACAUUGGUUGCUUAUCAAAGCUUGAGAAGUUUUAUGUGACAGAAAAUAAAAUAGACGGCACUAUUCCUCCGUCUAUUGGAAACAUUUCUAGUCUACAAUUUCUUGGGUGUGUAGAAAAUAGCAUAUUGGGAGAUAUACCUGAAGAAUUGGGAAAGCUAUUCAACUUACAAAUGCUUGGAUUUGAUUAUAACAAUCUUACUGGUGAAAUUCCUCCAGUGAUUUUCAACUUGUCUUCAUUGGUAUAUAUUGCUUUCACUGAUAACAGUCUCUCCGGACGAAUUCCUGCAACCCUUGGGAUGCAGCUUCCAAACCUUGAAGGAAUUUAUUUAGCGGAUAAUAUGCUCGAAGGAGAGAUUCCAGUAUCGAUCACAAAUGCUUCUAAACUCAAGGAGCUUGAAUUAUCGUAUAACUUCUUCACGGGUUCAGUGCCAUAUAAUUUGGGUAAUCUGAGGGAUCUCCUUUUCCUGAACCUCGCAGGUAAUCGACUCACCAAUGAACCGAAAAAUCCUGAGCUUGGAUUUAUGUAUUCUUUAGUAGAAUGUAGAAUGCUGCAAUUUCUUAUAGUAGGGAAUAAUCCGCUCAACGGGAUUCUGCCUGAUUCGAUUCAGAACCUUUCGAGCUCUAUUGAAAUGUUUAAUAUUGAGAAUGGUCAGAUUUAUGGGCAAAUUCCAACUGGAAUAGGUAACAUGAGUAGUAUGUUAACUCUAGUCUUAAGUGGAAACAAUUUGACAAGAAACAUACCUUCAGAGAUUGGUUAUCUUAAACAACUACAGAGGCUGUAUCUAAGUAAUAACAAGCUAGAAGGGCAUAUUCCUGUGGAGUUAUGCAACUUAGUUGAUCUUGGUGAUAUGAUACUUUCAGAAAAUAAUCUUUCAGGAUUCGUACCCAAAUGCAUAGGGAAUCUUAGUAGGCUACAAAAACUCAUGUUAGGUUACAAUCGAUUGACAUCAAGCCUACCUCUCGGUCUCUGGGAAGUUAAGAAUCUAUUGUUUCUGAAUGUGUCUCAAAAUUCUAUUCAAGGAGAACUUCCACUUGAGAUUGGAAAGUUGGGGACACUUGAAGGACUAGAUUUAUCGAGCAACGAAUUGUCAGGCCGAAUUCCAAGUGCAUUCGGGGAUUUGAAAACUCUGAGGCAUCUUUCACUUUCAAACAACUCCUUCGAGGGUUUGAUUCCACCAUCAUUUGGAAAUUUGAUUAGCUUGGAGUUCUUGGAUCUGUCUUCCAAUGGCUUAACGGGAACCAUACCACAAUCCUUGGAGAGGUUAUUGUACCUUAGAGAAAUCAACGUGUCGAAUAACAAUUUAGAAGGUGCAAUACCUACUGGUGGUGUAUUUGCAAAUUCGUCUCCUAAAUCUUACGUUGGGAACAGUGGUUUAUGCAGCAUGGCAAUACUGGAGUUCCCUCGCUGUCGUAAUACUAGUAGUCUGCGGGGAUCAAGAUCUAAAACACGAAUUCUCAGAAUUACUAUUCCAGUUACGAUAUCAGUGGGAUUGAUAUUUGUUACGUUGUCCCUUUGGAUUUUGUAUAGACGAAAAAAGGAGACGUUGGGAGAUCCCGAGUUAUCAGAAAUUCCAACUCAUCAGAUGGUUCCAUAUCGAGAGCUUGUGAAAGCAACAGAUAAUUUUAGUGAAAACAAUUUACUUGGAGUAGGAAGUUCUGGUUCCGUAUUCAAGGGCAUUUUGUCUGAUGAAAAUCUUGUGGCAAUAAAGGUUCUGAAUUUAACAGACGAAGAAAUAUGCAAAAGGUUUGAUGCAGAAUGUGAGGUGAUGAGACGAAUAAGGCACAGGAAUCUUGUCAAAGUGAUCACGACGUGUUCCAGCGAAUGCAUCAGAGCCAUUGUUCUUGAAUACAUGCCAAAUGGAAAUCUUGACAAUUGGUUACAUCGACAGGACUACAUACUUGAUCUCCUUCAGAGAAUCGACAUAAUGCUGGAUGUGGCAAUGGCUAUUGAAUAUCUUCAUCAUGGCUAUGAUGAUCAAGUGGUUCAUUGUGAUCUAAAGCCAGCCAAUGUUCUCCUCGAUGCUGAUAUGGUUGCUCAUGUAAGUGACUUCGGAAUCUCAAAGAUAUUAGCUCAAGAUAAGUCCUACACACAGACGAAUACAUUGGGGACUAUUGGCUACAUUGCACCAGAGUACGGCUCACAGGGAAUAGUGUCAGCAGCUGGUGACAUCUAUAGUUUUGGAAUUAUGUUGUUGGAAGCACUCACAGGAAAGAGACCAACAGACGAGAUAUUCUCCGAAAAUUUGAGCCUAAAGCAAUGGGUUACAGCAUCUUAUCCCAAUUCUUUGAUGGAAAUUAUUGAUUCCAAUGUAUUUCAAGAGGAAAAUGAAGUAAACACUAGGCACAAGAUUUGGAUAUCCUCAGCGAUAGAAUUGGCUCUCGACUGCUCAAAGGAAGCACCAGAAGAGAGGAUUAACAUGAAAGAGGCUGUGAUCAGACUUGCCAAUAUCAGAAAGAAAUUCUUGGAAACAAACAAGACACAAUUAUAA